CCUCACUGAAACUCAAACCAACACUCUCUCUCUCUUUCUUCACUUAAGCUCCGUUAGAUUCAACUAGAUCUUUUUCUCUUUCGUUAGAUAGUAAGAGUGAGCUCUGUGUUCUUUCACUAUGUCUCAAGAGAGACCAGACGAAGAAAAACCAGAGACUUGCGAUGUUCGUGUCCAAGAUCGGAUCCAAGGAGUUGCUUCUCCGGUUCAAUCACCGAACCGACUCGGCCCAACGCGGUUCUCUGAAGUAGCUCGGGAUACCGGGUCAGAUUUUAUUGGAUCGAUUUUGUCUUGGAUCAACGGUGACCCGAACCGGAAUGUGAAAAAUCCGGUUAAGAGAGGGAAGAGGAAGAGAAUCAGAACGGCGAAAACCGCCGUGGGAGUGAUCGCGCUUGUUGGUUUCUUCAUUUUUGUUAAUUGGUUUAUGCUUUCUCAGCUCCAUGAAGGUCGAGCGUGGCUUCGAAGAGGAUUCUCUAAGAACCGGAAUCCAAAACCGAAUCCGAAACCAAACCCGGAUCUCAGUCCGAGUACCAAACGGGUAUCCGUUAAAGUGUCGGCGGCGUCGGUACAGCAUGUAGAAAAGAAAAAGAUGGGAAAACCAAAGAAGAAAUACAACGGAACAUAUGGUAGAUUGUUGGCUUAUGCGGCUCAUGCAUUGGCUGAGGGACAAAACAAAAUUGAGCCAAAAGAGUUGUGGCGAGAACCAAAAGACCAAGCUUUGGCUUGGAAGCCUUGCGCUGAUCAACGUUCUUGGAAGCCCAACGAUGGGAAGAAUGGAUAUAUAAUGGUAACUGCAAAUGGCGGGAUCAAUCAACAGAGAGUUGCUGUUUGUAACAUUGUAGUUAUUGCUCGGUUACUCAACGCCACACUCGUUGUUCCCAAGUUUAUGUUCAGCGAUGUCUGGACAGAUUCAAGUCAGUUUGAAGAUAUCUACCAGGUGGAACAUUUUAUAAAAUAUCUCUCUCCCGAUAUUCGGAUAGUAAAGAACCUACCAAAGGAGCUUCAGUCACUAGACCUUGAGGCCAUUGGCAGUCUCGUUACGGAUAUAGAUGUUAUGAAAGAAGCCAAGCCUGGAUUCUACAUGAAGCACAUUCUCCCUCUUCUUCUCAAGAACAGAGUCGUCCACUUCUUUGGAUUCGGGAACCGUUUGGCCUUUGACCCUAUACCAUUUGAGUUACAGAGGUUGCGGUGUAGAUGUAACUUUCAUGCGCUAAACUACGUUCCAAAGAUACAAGAAACCGGCGCGAUUCUCGUAAGGAGAUUACGUGACAGCGGAUCACACCUAGCACCGGUUGACCCGUAUCUGGUCGGUCCAAAGUUUGCAUCCUUUAUACUGGACAAAAAGGCUGGUCCUCUCCAUAAGGCUUCUAAGUAUCUAGCACUCCAUCUCCGGUUCGAAAUCGAUAUGGUGGCUCAUUCUCUUUGUUACUUCGGUGGAGGCGAUGCCGAAAAGACAGAGCUAUCAGCUUACCGAGAAAAGCAUUUCCCUACGCUCGCAAAUCUAACAAAGACCAAAAAAAUGCCGUCUCCUGAAGAUUUGAGGACGGAAGGGCUUUGUCCAUUAUCACCUGAAGAAGCUGUGCUUAUGCUUGCUGGUCUCGGUUUCAGCCGCAAGACUCGUGUCUUCGUGGCUGGUGCGAAUAUAUACGGUGGGACGAAACGUUUAGCAGCUUUAACGAGUCUCUACCCAAAUCUUGUCACCAAAGAGAAUGUGCUCUCGGAAACAGAGCUAGAGCCUUUCAAGAACCACUCUUCUCAGUUAGCGGUUCUUGAUUUCAUUGCUUGCGCUGCAUCAGACGCCUUUGCAAUGACGGAUUCAGGGAGCCAGUUGUCGUCUCUGGUGUCGGGUUACAGGAUUUAUUACGGAGCAGGGAAGAUGCCGACGAUCAGACCGAACAAAAGGAGAUUCUCGGACAUAUUGUUGAAGAACAAUACGAUAGAAUGGAAAGUGUUUGAGCAGAGAGUGAGAAAGAACGUUAGGCAAACGAAACAUGUUUUGGUUAGACCAACGGGACGCAGCGUUUACCGUUAUCCAAGGUGUAAAGAAUGUAUGUGUUAUGAAGAUUGAUUCUUUGUUCUUACAUUAUGGUUCGGUUUCUUAAAAUGGUUGAACCAAUUAUUUACAUGACAUCAGGAAUGAUUCGUUAGCUCCAAGUGUAGUUGUUU